UCUUCAUUAUCUUCUUGUCAUUUUUGUCGUCGUGGGAAUAAUCUUGAGACGGAAUUUUAUCUAACACGUAGAAACAUGCAGGUUUGCAGAUGCUUUGGUUUCGUUUCAAAAGGAAAGUCAACAAGAUGGAGGGAUGACAGGUAUGCCUGCUUUCAUAAAUACACCAUUCUAGCUACUACUAGUCUAGCUCAGUCAAUUCAGACAGCUUUCGUGAUACAGUACCGGUGCUGGGCUUUGAAAAAGGACACCGAAAUGGGUUGGUGUGAUGAAGAGUGAUGCUGAAACGAGAUAGAAAUGAGGCUCUGGAUUUUUUGGCGGCAACUUGUUGAAUCACGAGCAUCAAUGACUGCAAUUGAGAACGCACAUUUGCCCAUGCGGAAGUAUUCUGUCCACCAGCUUUGCCACAGCAACCCCCAACCAGCUCCCCCCAAUAUUCAAACAUGGCACCGAGCCAAUUGACAGGACGACAGGACACCCAUCCAGAAUAGAAUACUAGCUAGUAGCGAUAGAGAAACCCUUUCGAAAGCAAGAUGUCUAGUAGCGAAGAAGAAGCAGAGUUUGACGGUGGUGAAGGGGAGGAAGAAGAAGAAGAGGGAGAAGAGGAGGAAGAGGAAGAAGAAGAGGAGGAGGAAGAAGAUGAUGAUGAGGAGGAUGAGCCACUGACCAGCUUGCGGAAGCGUAAACGAGAGACAGUCAACUACCAAGUAGACGCCGGAUCGAACGAUGAUGACGACGACGAUGAACACGAAGAGUCGGAGGAAGAGGAAGACGAUGUUCCUUUGGCUUCACUGAAGAAGAAACCCAGCAGUAAGGAGUCCUCCAAAUCCAGCAGCAGCAGCAGCAAGAAAAAGACAACAACCAGCAAAAAAAAGGCUAAACCUGCGCCUAAAUCGCCAACCAAAGCUACCCCCUCCAAAUCGGGCGACUACUCGUCGUCAUCGGCCGCUUUGUACGAAAGUGGCUGCAAAAAAGGAAUGUUGAUCCAAAAGUUACUCUGUCGCUGGUGGUAUGCCAUCGAAUGGCCAGUCAAAUCAGAACUGCCCAAAUCACCCCCAGAUAAGUUCGACAAACUGGAUGGAUUUGAAGGGGUCUACGUCUGCACCAGUGGGGAUAAAGUGGGAAAAAUACUAGACCUUCGUCCCAAGGAACAGUGCCCAUCAUUCCAAAACUUUGCCAAAAAAUCAUCCAAGGAACUCAAAGACCUUUUGCUAAGAGCGUUGGAAGAACAAAAGAAGGCGCUGGUCGAGGCUGACGGUGAGGGUACUCCAACGGAAAAAGAAAUCAAGGAAGAUGUCAAAUUGGUUAAAAGAAUCAAACCAGAGGAAGCCGACAAGGAAGCAAGCAAGGUACUAAAGGCCGCAAAGUUGAAGUUAGUAUGAGGAAACCGCAAGCAAACAGGGAAUGAUUCAAUCAACUAUCUAUCUACCGUAUAGGACACGGUACCGGUAGACUAGCUGACUAGAGUGAGUGGUAUUCUUGCUUUCUCUAUUUUAAUUUAAAACAUUGAGUUGAUUGCAUU